AUGCUGUCUUCAUAGAGGAUGUAUAAAAAAGAUUUAGUUCUUUCUGAAGCCAUAAAGACUCCUACAUCUUCUUAUAUAAAUGUUGCUUCAUAAUCUAAUAUAAUGAAUUAGAAUAAUGCAGAAUCUCAGUUGAAUAUAAACAAUAAAAUUCAUUCUCCUAGAGGGAUAAUUCAGCCUAGAAAAUCAUAACCUAAUCUUCUUUAAAAAACUUUUUAUACUCCGGCUAACGAAACUACACAAACUUCUUUCAGGCCAAGCACUCAAGGAACUUAGAGCAGUAGACUGCCUAAAAAGCUUACAAUGUAGUUAAAUAAAAUAUCCAAACUUUUUGUUACAGAAUUGAAUGGGUAUGAGAACGAUGAGCCAACGAAUAGCAAUUAUUUCCAUACUACAUAAUUUGAUGAUGAUGGAGAUUCUUAUCAGCCAAGAUUUUUUAACAAAACAACAUCUAAAUUUGGGUCUCGAAGCAUUUCAACAGCAUCUCUAGUUUCAAGAAAAAAAUCUGAUCAAGCAAUAGAAUCUUACAAAGCUGCCUCAAAGAAGCUAAGACUUUUUUUAAAAGAUCAGGAAGCAAAUGAAGCUUAAAAUUUUGUAAAGCCUUCAAUAAUAAAAAAUGGAAUGGAAAGUAUGAAAAAAAUUAGCAUUGUUACUCCCAAGGCUUCAUUUAGUCAUGGAUUUUCACAGAUAAGGGAUAUGAAAGGAUAUCUUAAUUAGGAAGUUCUCUCUCAUUAAAUUAAUAAUAAUAGUUAAUAAUCGUUUCGUAAUUAAAUUAAUAAGAAUAAUCUAAAUACAACUUCUUAAAACACCGUUACUGAAAGGUUCACUACAGUUCCAGAAUAAGAAUAAAAAAUAAUCUAAUAAAUCAAUAUGAGCAAAUUUUGUUCUACUAUCACACCUGGGUUAGAAGAAGAGUUAAUUAUAGGUAAAGAUAAAUACAACUAGCUUAUGUAAGAUAUUAGAGAAAAAGAGAAUAAAUUAAAAUAAUUGCUUAGGAGCAAUUAUAAAUUAGAUACUAAUGAAAUACACUAGUCAAUAUUCUUAAAUGAGAAAAUUAAAAAUUUGUAAAAGGAAAUAGAUUAAAUAAAUGAUCAAAUUUUUGAGCAAGAAAGACUAAAGGAGUCUCUUUCACAUAUGAAAGAAGUAAGAUAUAAAGACAGCUUAAUAAAUUCAAAACCGUUGCUAUUGCACUUAGAAAUCAAUUAACAUAUGAGUAGAUUUUUAAAUAAAACAUCUGAUAAACUCUAAACUGAUGCAAAGAAAAUCACUUAACUUUUUAUUGAGAUGGUAGAAGCAGCUCAUGAAAAAAAAAGAUAAGAAUAAGUAUAAAAGGAAUAGUGGAAGAGUUCUUAAAUAAAAUAAUAAAAAGAGUAAGAAGCAGAAAGGUUGGCUGAAUUCGAAAGCACAAUGAGAUAAAUUGUAAAAAAUAAUUAAAAGGAAUAGAGAAAAUAAAGGGCAGAGGAUCUUAAAUAAAAGAAAAUCUAAGAGGAGCUUUAAAAAAAUGCACUUGCUUUUCAUUUAUAAGAACAAAUUGAUUUAUUUAGCAAUGAUUUCAUCUAUUUUCAUUAAAGUUAUCCUUUGGUUUCAUCUUAUAAAGAUUUGCUAGACUUUUGUGUUCAUGUCAAAUAAAAUACAUAAAUGCUUUAAAAUGAAGAAAAAGAGUACAAAUAAAUAAAUAACCAACUUUAAGAGGAAGUCAAUUAGCUACAAAGUGAAUUACAAAUUUUGAAGUACUCAUAAGAAACAAAGACCGAUUAAAUUAUAAUAUAGCACAACAUGCAAAGACAUCCUAAUGAAUUCAAUAGAGAAGAUGACUUUAUCAAUAUUCCAGAAUUCGAAAAAGAGUAUAUUGAAAACAAAAGAAAAUAUCACUUUAAUGCUAAUAGAGUUGAUAGAAUGGUUAAAGAAGAAAAUCAUGCAGAAAUUUUGCUAAAUGGAAUUCAUCAGAGAAUAACAGAUUUAAUAAAAAAAAUGCCUUAAACACAUAAAUAAAGAUUUAAUUUGAAGAACUUUGAUUAUAGAGAAUUAGAAGAGUCUAUGAGUAAUCUAACUUUUACUAUAUAAAACUUAUAAGGUUUAAUUUAAGAUAUAAUAAAUGGAUAAAUUAAAUCAAUUAACUUAAAUAAGUAACCUUCUAUAUAAGAAGAAUAACUUUAAGAAAACUAUUUUAUGAAUGUUUCAAAAUCAUAUUCCAAUCAAACACCUUAAAAAGAACUAAAAGAUAGUCAAGGUUUUGAUUUUUAAAUAAAUGGUCAUUCAAUAAUUGAUACAACUUCUAAAGCUUUGAUAUAAGUCAGUUAAACUCCUAUAAGCUGA